UUUUAUUUUAUUUUUUUCUAAUUUGCAGGAUAAAGGCUACAAAAUGACAGCUGUAACUUAACCCUUGCUGGUCCAUGAUGGCGCUGGGGGCAAGGCAGCAGAAAAGCAAAUGUCUGGAGGAGGAGAGAUGUGUGAAACCAAACCGGAUAGCUCCUGCUGCUGGAGUGGCACGUUCUCAGAGGGCAGGGGUGCACCAGGUGCCAGCCCUCGUGUGGAUAACAGUCCCUUGUUCUCAAGUUUCAGGGAUCCGGGAAGCACUGGGCCUAACGGCAGCCAGUUCUUCCAAGAAUCCUGCAGUCCUGAAGGCCCAGAGCGUACAUCUCCAAGCCAGAGCUGGUCGAAACAGCUUCACGGAGCCACCAAAGGCUUGGAACCGAUGGAGACUCAUGGGCCAGCUGCUGCUGGGACUCCUAGCGUACGUGAGACAUUGCUAGCCGAACCAUCAGCCGAGAGGCUAGGGAAGGUGGAGGAGGCCGGACGUUCUCCCCAUCAGGGCUUUCCAGAAGGCGGCGGGCAGAGGACUGCCUGCACUGCAGGGGACGGUGUUGGUUGGAAUGGAAGCUGCGACCGUGUAUCAAUGGGGCUGCUUGAAGGGGAUGGCUUGCACAUUACUGAGUACAGUGCCCCUGGCUCCGGUCUGUCCAGUUACGAAUGUUUCUGUAGUUGUCAGGGUGAGAGUUUGGAUUCCUCCAGGACUUAUUUGGAAAAGGGGAACUGCUCGUGUAGCAUCACCUGCCAGCGCUGGGCUUCAGAGUCCCCUGGAGCCGAGGAUGAAGCCUUUGGUCCUGAUUCAGCACCAUUGCUGCAGGGCCAGGAGGAAGACGAGGAAGAUGAUGGCGUGUCCAAGGCCAGUGAGGACCCUUCCGACUCUGGCAGGGUGCUCAGCAGCAGGAAGAAUGGGAGACGCCAGAGGCACCGCUCUGGCACAAAGGACAAGGAGGAGGGGAAGGAGAAUGCCAAGCGGGAGGGUAGAACUGCGCCAGCUGGCGGGAAGCACAAGCAGGCCAGGAAGAGGAGCCAUGCGGACCGGCGGCGCCACCUAAAACCAGAGGUCCCGAAGCAGCUGGAAGAGCUGGCCUGGGUCUGCAUCUCCUGUUUCAAGAAGCUCAUCAAGCUGGUGCUGGUCAUCACCCAUGAGUGUGGCGAGUAUGUGGAAGCUGGUGGGAGGCUCCUCUACUCCUGCUGCCAGCUCGAAACCUGGGACCUGGGCUCCGCUCAAGCUAGCAUGAGGACGUGGAGCCAGUGGGCCAAAAGCAGCUCAGGGAAGGCGGCCCGGUGGCUGGGUUCCUGGGGGAACUGGCUGUGGCGGCUGCUCAAGAUGCUGGGUGCACUGCUCUUCCUGGUGCUCAUGCUGCUCCUGGGCAGCCUGCGGCUGUGCUGGCGAGUCUCCAAGUCCCUGCUCCUUGCUGGGGCAGCUAAGCUGGGCAGAACCAGCAGCGUGGCCCGGCUCCUCUCGCUCCUGGACUCCCCCUUCCUCCACAGAAUAUGGGCUCUCUUCAGAGAAACCAGGACUUGCAAGUACGUGUUCCACUUGCUGCAAAAGUGGAGAGGGCUGCUUGGGGCAUCCAAAGGACUAAGGACCAAUGGACUGGGAGAGGCUGUGGCUGGCCCUGACCCUGGCAUGGGGGGCCGCUACCAGCCCAGCGAGGAGAUGGCACGGCUGCUGGCGCUGGCCGACGUGCCUGAGGAAGAGCUGAACCCCUUUCAGGUGCUGGGGCUGGAGGUGACUGCUUCAGACACGGAGCUGAAGAAGGCCUAUCGUCAGCUGGCCGUGCUGGUUCAUCCUGACAAGAAUGAGCAUCCGCGGGCAGAGGAAGCCUUCAAGGUGCUGCGAGCUGCCUGGGACAUCGUGAGCAACCCGGAGAAGAGGAAAGAGUACGAGAUCAAGCGGAUGGCGGAGAGCGAGCUGACCAGGUCCAUGACUGAGAUCCUCACCAAGCUGCGGGAAGACCUGAACGAGGCCAUGAACACCAUGAUGUGCAGCAAGUGCCAGGGGAAGCACAAGAGGUUCGAGAUGGACCGAGAUCCGCUUAGUGCUCGCUACUGCGCGGAGUGUGGCAAGCUGCACCUUGCCAAGGAGGGAGACUUCUGGGCUGAAUCGAGCAUGCUGGGAUUGAAAAUCACCUACUUCGCCCUGAUGGAUGGGAAAGUCUAUGACAUCACAGAGUGGGCUGGCUGCCAGCGGGUUGGGAUCUCUCCUGACACCCAUCGCGUCCCAUAUCACAUAUCGUUUCGCUCACAGAGCUCUGGCUCAGGUGGACGCCAGAGAACUGCCUCUGAAGGCAGCCCUGCCUCGGCUGCAGACCUGCAGGACUUCUUCAACCGCAUAUUUCAGGGGACCCCAGGGGAGAUGCCCAACGGGGGCUUCUUCAGGCCACCCCAAGCCCCCCAGGCAGCAGCUCCUUCUGCUUCUGCUCCCGCCCCAAAGACAGAGAGUGCAGCCCCAAAAGGGGACUCGAAGCAGAAAAGGCGGAAGAAAGUUCGCCGUCCCUUCCAGCGCUGAGGAGCGGCAUAGCCUGUGGGGGCUGCUUUGAACUCGGCCUGACAGGAAACGAAGCUCCUGUGUACGUUCCAGCAGGCAGCUGAGUGCAUCCCAGGUGCAAGGUCAGACACUGAAAGGGCUCUUUACAAGAAGAAGAAUCUAUUUUUUUUUUCUUUUAGAUAUUUAAAAGUAACCAGGCGUUCAGGGAAUUUCUGGCUGACGCCGUUAACUUCUAGUGUAAAGAA